AUGUUAGAAAGCAAAAGUGGAAGUGGUUCAAAUACUACCACUACACUAAAAACUAUUACUUCCCAAGAUGACAAACAAAUUGAAUCACAAAAAAAAUUUGUAAUUUGUAAUUGCCCACAUCAAAGUAUCCUUCAUUCUGACUUGGCUCUGAGUGGUAGUGGUGAAACUAUUACACAUCACUAUAGCACCAGUGAUUGUGGAGAAGUUCAUGAAACCAAAACAACAACUACUUCAACCACUUCAACUAGAUCUCGUAUUCGAACAAGGGAAUGGGGUAGUGGUGAUGAUGAUGACGAUUAUAACAACAGCAAUAAUAAUAACAAAAACAACAAUAAUAAUAAUAAUAAUGAUCAAGUUGAAAUGGAUGUUCAUGAUCCAAAUUAUGAAGAGGAGUAUGAAUAUGAAAUGGAAGGAUCACAACAACCCGAAGAUUGGAUUAUUUCAGGAGAAGCUUUACAUCAAUCUAUUGAAAAACAACAACAAAUACCUCCACCACCUUUGGGCAGUUCAAUGAUUUGA